GUGUUCAAGAACGGAGAGACAAAACCAGCUGCAUUAUAGCACACACCAGUCGUGUCUACGUACACAAAUUGUUGUCGCACACAUAAUUAUCAUCCAUCGAUCCAUCCAUACAAACGUACGUAGAAUCAUGAAGCUUGAUUCGUUCACGGCACGCCGGGGAAACCCCGAGCUGGUUGCGCCGGCGAGGGCGACGCCUCGCGAAACCAAGCCGCUCUCCGACCUCGACGACCACUGGGACCUGCGCUACCUGCAGCCAAGCCUCGAGUUCUUCCGCGUGGUCGACGGCGAUCGUCGGCCGGCGAGGCCAGGGGACGGCAUCAAGGCGGCCCUAGCGGAGGCCCUCGUGUACUACUACCCGAUCGCCGGCCGCCUGCGGGAGCUGCCCACGGGCCACAUGCUCGCCGUGGAGUGCACCGCCGAAGGGGUGGUCUUUGUGGAGGCAGAGGCAGACGUGGCGUUGGAGGACUUCGGCGAGCCGCUGAUGCCGACGUUCCAUGGCGCCGAGGGGUUCCUGUGCGAUGUUGGAGACACCAGAGUCAUCGUUGGGAGACCACUGUUUUACCUGCAGAUCACUUAUCUCAAAUGUGGAGGAUUUGUCCUUGGAACUUACAUGUGUCAUUGCAUAGCUGAUGCCUUCGGCACAAUUCAAUUCUUGAAAGCUAUAGUUGAUAUAGCACGUGGUGAGGCAAAACCAACCACGUUGCCAGUUUGGGAAAGGGAGCUCUUUCUCGCAACAAGUCUACAACCCCACAUCAAAGAAGACCAAAAGAAAUUAUUUGAUGAACUGGAGAGCACCACAUGUGAUGAUAUUAUGGUGACAAUGCCUACUGAAAACAUGGUUUCUGAAUACUUUAUUCUCUCUCAAAUAGAUAUGGCUGCACUAAGGCGUCAUGUUCCAUUAAAUCUCAAUAAAACAGUCACGAGCUUUGAGCUACUAACUGCAGUUACAUGGCGUUCCCGUACUAUAGCACUUGGCUACAGACCUUGCCAUAUUGUACGCUUGAUGAUUGUUGUGAAUGCACGUGGGAGAUGGAAGAAGCUUCCUUUGGGAUACUAUGGCAAUGGGCUUUUGUGCUCUGUCAUUGAGACAACAGUCAAUGACUUGUGCACAAACCCGUUAGGACACACAAUUGAACUCGUCCGGAAGGCUAAAGACGAGAUGAAGACAGAAGAAAAUAUGCAAUUGAGAGUAGAUUUAUUGCCAUUGUGGCGUGAAAAACCGUACAUAAAAGUACAGAGAAUAUUUGAAGCAUGUGACAUAAAAUGGAUUGGGCAGGAUACUUUGGAUAUUGGAUGGGCUAAGAGGAUAGGAGGUGGCAUACCGACUGUUAGUCCGCCAAAUUUGACAAGCUACCAAUUCUUGUGCAAGAAUGAAAAAGGUGAAAAGUCAACCGUCAUCUCCAUGUUGUUGCCACAACCUGCAAUGGAUAGAUUCAAAAAGGAGAUGGCUGCUUGGUUAAUUGAAUAACUAAGAGGAUAAAUAAGUAUAUCUGCUUCACGUAGAGUAAAACCACAUCAUCUUUUAUUUGGUCGGUUGCUGAAUAAGACAUAGUUUCAUCGGUGUUGGUUUUGUUAUUCAGAUGGGCUUGGGCGCGGAUGGCAUUUAAUUAGUUAGGUCUUUUCCAUUUGGUGACCAGUGUGUUAUAUUUAUGAUUAUGUACUUUAUUUUGUGGAGGAUCGAUUAUCGUAUAGCUCGGUCAUAAGUCAGUGUACCAUUACAAAACUACAUCAAGUUGUGCAUUAUUGUGACCUUGUAAAAUGGUGUUUUAUGAGAUAAUCAAAUUGUUGUUCGAUCUGGCACACCCUUUAAUAA